CGUUGCACACGCUAUCACUGAUCAUCUGUGUGGAGGCCAGUUCUUGUAGGAGCUCCACCAGUCAACUAGUAUAUAUAUAUACAGCGCGGAGUUUACUGUGUGUCUUACUGACCACAGUCUGGGUCUUUCCGGUGACCAUUGGACCACAUGCUUAUGUGUGUGUGCGCGAGCCACCAGUGACGUGUGCGCUGUAUCGUAGUGAACCUACCAAAACCCGGUAUCUACUGUUUGUGAUUAGAGGGAGCGAGUGCGCGCGCGUGUGCAUCUCUGUGAAUACGCUCGGCUGUAUAUUUGCCGGUGAUUUGUACAUAAAGAUAUAUAUAUAUAUAUAUACGUACAUACACACACACAUAGCUGUGAUAUGGAGGAAUACGACGAGACAGCCGGCGCUGCCGGAAUCCUGUCAGAGGAGGAUAGCUCUGGGAAAAGCACAAAAGUGCAGGUACGGAACGUGCCCACACACGUCAUCUGGGAAGACCUGGAACGGCUUAUUGCCAACUACGGAACCGUACAGCGCUGCGAACAGCCCAAAGCUACCGAUGAUGAUACCCCAAGUUCAGUGAUAGUGACUUACGAGACACCGGAGCAGGCCCAACGUGCUGUCAGUGAGCUGAACGACUACCAGUACGAGGGAUCGACCCUCAAAGCUGAGCUGCUGGAACGAACAAACAGCAACGGCAACGGCGGGGGCGGUGUCAACGGUGGCAGCAAGGCCGGCAACAAUCGUAGAGCUUUCCGUUCAAACCAGUUCUCAGGGAUGGCAAACAACCAGCGAAACAUGGAGUAUCCACUUAGGAUUUUGGUUCCCAGUGACAUGGUAGGGGCCAUCAUCGGGAAGGGAGGUGCCACUAUACGUAAUAUCACCCAACAGACAAGAGCACGGGUUGAUGUUCACAGAAAAGAGAAUUCCGGAACGUUAGAAAAGGCAAUGUUUCAGGCCAUUACCAUAUUUGGCAAUCCAGAAAAUUGCACACAGGCUUGUAAGAAGAUAAUGGAAGUAAUGGAACAAGAAGCACAGAACACUGGAAAAGGCGAGGUGCCGCUGAAGAUGCUUGCUCACAACAAUCUCGUCGGCCGCAUCAUCGGCAAGGGCGGCGCGCAGAUCAAGAAGAUAAUGCAGGACUCGGACACGAAGAUCACCGUGUCGAGCAUUCACGACGUGAGCAGCUACAACAUGGAGCGCAUCAUCACGAUCAAGGGCGCCGUCGAGAGCAUGUCGCACGCUGAGGCGAUGAUCAGCUCCAAGCUGCGGCAGAGCUUCGAGAACGACAUGGCGCCGCAAAGCAUGAUGUUUGGCGGCCCGGGUAUGCACCAGAUGGCGAUGAUGGGAGGAGCACCGAUCGGCUACCCAGGAGGACCCGGCGGCCCACGGGGCAGCCCUGGCUACCCAGCUUACGAACCUGCAGCAGCAGACCCUUACCUGUUACAGGGUGCCGGUGCGCUGAUGCCGGGCAUGUUCCCGGGUGGGAUGAGCAGCAGCGGGGGCGGCGGCGGUGGCGGCGGACCCGCGCACAUGGCUCAGCAGGUUGAGACGGCGCUGCUCUACAUCCCGAACGCGUGCGUCGGCGCGGUGAUCGGCAGCAAGGGAGCGCACAUCAAGAACAUCAUCCGUCUCUCGGGAGCCAGCAUCAAGAUUGUCACUGACAAAGACAGGGAUAGGGUCAGGAUUGCGUCGGAGGAGGCUCCUGACAGGAGUGGCGAGCGACAGGUGACAAUCACAGGUACGCCCGAGUCACAGUGGAAGGCGCAGUACUACAUCUUCGACAAGGUGCGAACAGAAGGCUACUUUGGCACUGAAGAUGUGCGCCUCAGAGUGGAGAUCAUGGUGCCGACGCUCAUGGUCGGACGCAUCAUCGGCAAGGGAGGUCAAAACGUUCGUGAGAUCCAACGCGUAUCCGGUGCCAUAGUAAAGCUGCCAGAAGAGACGCAAGCGCCGCAGGGUGAUGAGGUACCUGUGCGCAUCAUUGGAAAUUUCUUUGCCAAUCAGUCUGCCCAGCGGCGUAUCCGCGGAGUGCUGCAGAAUGCCUUGCAACAGGGGGCGGUGCGGCGAGGCGGGGGUGGAGGCGACCGGCGCGAGCGUGGACCCAACCAGUACCAGAACAAUGGCCCAUAACAACAACAGCAAGCAAGCACAGUACUCGGACGUGAAUACCUCGAUACGAGAAGCCUGGCUGUGUAAAACCAAAGAGAAUGACAUCAGAUCGAAGGAUUCGACUACACCCUUCUUCCCCAUUAGCAUGGACUUUUAAACGACGAAGCUGUUCUCCGGUUGCCGGCACGAGUGACAUUCGUGGUCGUUGCCCUGGCAACGGCGACUACACGCAGAUAGCGGCUGCCACCGUAACUGCUGGAAGUCGUCGCAAAAUCUACUGUCGGCUGGCGCUGUCGUCCUGCUCUUUGCUUUUGAAGAGCUUAUCAGCGAUCCAGUUUUAAAUUGGGAAAAAAACAAAAAAUCAAUGGCGUAUAAAUUUAUAUUUUUACGAGGUGAUUUUAUAAUGGCACGUUUUGCUCAAAAUUUUAUUUCCGUAGAUUUUGUCGACCUCGAAAGUCGGCCUACCGGAGGGCAGCUUCAACUUUUUCCAUCGCACCAAGGCAUCAAAAGACCAGAGUGGAAUAUCAAAUAGUGGCGCCCCACAGUGGGGGGGCGAUUACUUAUUUUAUAUAUACAGCAGCUGUUGAUAUUGUGUUGGUAUUAAUUAUUGAGGAUGAAAAAAGGAAAAUCGAGGGCCAAUGUUUACAAAAAAUUUUAAUGGUCCUCAUUUUGUAAUGGAAUUAUACAAAAAAAAUUUAUUUUUGAUACUGUUUGUGAGAGAAUUUUUUGUUACAAUUUUUAUUGAGGUAAAAUCGAUAUCGAUGCAGCGAUUUCGAGUGCAAGCUGAGAGCAACAAGAACUUGUGAGAUUUCUCUCAGUCAGGCAUGUUAGAAGUCCAUUGGCUUUCAGUGUGUUAAGCUGGCGCUACACUCCGCUGUUGUUGGUGUUCCUACAAAAACGACGUUCUUUUGUUUUGAAACAGGCUGCUGAUAAUUAUUCUGUUGUUGUGGGUUGCCGUAGCGAUUCCCAAGCUUCCACUUAAUCCGUGUGCAUGGAAGGAGCCAAGCACAAUUGCCAUGCUUUAUUGUGGACCUGGGUGAAAUUUGAUGCCUUUUUGCACUGAUGUACAUUAAUGAUCGAUCGAAGAUAUCGCUGUGACUUGUGACUACGAGUCGUCACAGCUGACACUGGCAGACACCAGUCACAGCGAGUGUAGUCACACACUAGCCUAUUUCAGGCAGAUGGCCUCGUGAAAGUUUAACGCAGACUUGCCUAAUGGACUUUACCCAAGAGUCUUAGCUUCGGAUGUUGUCGGACGAGUCCUCUUCAGUAUAAAGCAGCAGCAGCAGCAGCCGCAAACGUCUAGAGGUUCUGGUUCCCCGAUUCUGAUUUGUCGUAGAGUUUAUAGCCCGUAACAACGGCGAUAGAUGCAUGUAACAGCCAGCACGGCCAACCUCUAUCUCGCGUUCAACGUUCGGGAAAGGCCACCCGUCUUGAUAUGUCCUGUUACGCUACAGUUAACAACUAGCUGUACAGCAUAGAAUCGAGAAUGGUUCUACACAGCCCAUGUAUCACACAGGCCGGAUUAGACAGACCAGUAUAGUGCAUAUUGGAAGGUGGUCAUGCUGGUUGUUGCUCAGUAAUACAUGUUCAGGGGCCUAUCAGCAUGGCCCUUACCAGCGAUUAUGAGUGCCUCGUGGCAUGAUGGAACCUUUAGGAGCAUUUUGGAAAAACCGAUUGCACUAUCCACUACUUGUACAUGGAUAAGGAUUGAAAGGCUUACUGAACUUGACGAUACACAAGUUCGCAAAAUGCUCGGAAGGUUUGAAUCCUACUACCUCAUAAUAAGUACCACGUUACGUUUUGUUCUGUUUGAACGAUUCCUCUGCCACAUUCAGAAGUGUGAACAUGUGCAUUCUACAGGCAGACGAAACCAGUGGAGUUGCAAUCGCUGAUGCUUGAUUUAUUGCUCCGCCGUGCCGUGGCGCCCUCGUGUGAGGCCGCGUGCAUGGUGUGUGCAAACCAGCCCUGCCAGACGCUCGCCGUUGGCCAGUCACUUCAUCGCGGGCGCCUUGCAGUGCCGCCUGGGGGCGGCGCUGCCGGCGCAUGCGACGGCAGGGCUCAGCGGAGCAUUGGAGAGUGCAGGACAGAGACGACACCAGCAUGUGACGGCACCGUCUCUGUAGCUGCGCUCUUCUGCGCUCCACACAGCUUAUAAAUAAAUAUUCACCUCUGCACCUCUCUCGGCAGACUGCGUUCGUGCGAUCGCCCUUUACACUAGCGUGUGGUGUGCCCCAACACCACGGGCUAUAGCAGCCUGUCUGUGACCGUCUGCACCUGACAUGCGGGCCGCACAAGUUUGCAGCAUGUGUCGCCACCUAGUGGUAGUAUGUCAGCCAAGAGGGUGCAGCAGGGGAAAUUUUUGUGUCAAUAAUCCUGUAUACAUUGCUGUGUUUUCAAACACACGUUGGUUUCUUAUUAUUUGCUGGAGACAGUUUCAUAAGACCACCAGCACGAAUUCAGUGGUUGUUAAACGUUGAGAUGGAAUUUUUUUGACCUGAAACAGUGGCGAUCGAAAGUCUAUCGUUUAUCUGGUUUUCAGAUGGGCUUCUUUAUAUGGCCAGAGGCGGUCGUGAUAUUCACCCGCUUUCUUUAGGUGCAGUUGUCAGUGGCAACAAAUGGGGCCGGUUAUUUGGAUAGGCCCAGCCAAACAUUGUUUAUCAACACGAGUCUUAUGAAACUGUUGAAGCCACAGUCAUCUAUAGUUAAAAUAGUACCAGUUUGUAAUAGUGGAAUUAUGAUCAUUGUUGCACCAGGAUUGCUGCCGUAACUCGGUAUACGUCGUGUUCUGUUCCGUGGGUCAGGGGUCAAGCUGGAACACUUGCAUGAUGACCACGCCUCCCCUGUGUGAGGGAGACCAUUGCGUGCAGGCGCAUGCUUGUUUUUUCGGUUGCAUGUAACGUCCCAGUGCAGGCUGCCGCCAGGGCCAGCUCUUGUCCGUUGCACCCCCUCCCCCCGUGAAACUUGUGUAGGUACUUGAAUAUUGUAAGAGCUUAUACAACUAUUUAGGGCAAGAGUUGCAUGUCACUGUUUUCAUUAACCAUUGUUGAAAAUUACAUUUUUGCUCUAAGUCGUGUAAAUGGUAAUUAUAUUGCACCCUAGAAUCUUUUUAGGAACUGUAGUGUUUAAACGUUAGUAUCAAACUAUGUUUUUGAGUUUUAGAUUGCCAAAGUAAUUUACGGACGUCUGAAUUUGGUGUGUAAUAUUGUGAUUGUUAGACAACUGUGGUCAUGUGCUUCCCUUUCACGUGGUAAUGUUUGAUGGAUUAUUUGCUCCAAAAUGGCUGACAUUUUAUCUGUUGUUAGUGAGACUAGUUAUAUUGAAUGAAUUGACAAUGAAAGGAAACUACCUGACUGCAACCAACUUGACCCUUUGACCCCGAACAGUGUUUCUGUCAUUCAUCUUUGCUGAGUAAUGUACAAGUAGUUUAAACGUUGCUACUAGAUUUAAUGAUUUUGUUUCUGUAUUAAUGAUAAUCCAUAGCGUGACAUUUUCCUGUUGCAUGUAUGAAACAGUCUGUAGUAAGAUGAACCUGUGAGGCAAGACCUUUGACCUACCGACCUGCAGGGGACCUCCGUAGUACCUGCCUGUACCUCGUGUCACUUUGACACAAUAAUUCUGCACUCUGUAUCUGAAUUCUACUGAACAAGUACAAUACCUAAUCAUUGCAGCAAACCAUGUACCUCAGCUAAUGGGAUGUUUGCACUCUCCACCAUCAGGUGCCGCUUUGUAUGGGCCAGUAGCUUAUUUCUGCACCGUUACUGGAGCGAAAUGCUCGAGUGCUUUUUGAGAGGCAUGUCCGACCAUUCAUGUUUGAGACGCCACCUGGUGUGCGUUUUUGCGUUGCAAGAAGCACAAGGCGGUAGUGUGCGAUAGUGUGGAAAGCUGCGAGCAAGCCCUGACAGUUGUAAACCCUCCUCAGGUGUCCCUGAACCUCACAGUUAUAGCGAAAAAUGGUAGUUUUAAGAUGGAGAGGGCUCAGUAUGUGUUUUUUCAGUACACCACCAUUGCUGCCACCACAAGUCUGGUGGUUCACCAUACCCCAGUGCUUGUACUGAAGCCAAGGGAGCCUACCCAGGAACUCCCUUGGCUUAAACUGAACCAGCAUGGCUACACUACUAGCAGCAGCAGCAGCAGCAGCCAGCCAGCCAGCCUAUCCUAGCCAGCCUUCUGUGGCAUAUGCGAGACGCGGCAUUCUCCAAUUUUCUACCAUGAGAAUAAAUUAUUAUAUUAUUCUA